UUUUAGGGGUUGCUGUGCGUUUUCCGACCCAUGCUCCAGAAGCAUUCUCUCCUGACGUUGCGCCCACAUCUCAGGGGUUGUGGAAUUUGGAGCCCCCUCCCUUUCCGGGUUGUCAUUUUCUUUUUUAGGUUUUUUUUUUUCUCGUGUCAGGAGCAACCUGAGUUGUUUCUGGAGUGAGAGAAUUGGCCGUCUGCAAGGACGUUGCCCAGGGGACAUUGCCCGGAUGUUUUGAUGUUUUACCAUCCUUAUGUUCCAGGAUGCUGAAUCUGAUCUCAAUCACAUCCAGGCCAUGUUGGAGUAUGAAAUGAGAAAAGGGCUCCCGGAUGGAUUAUCUCAAGAGGAAAACCCGUUGGUUCUCAUUCAGCAACUUUCCUUGGUGAAGUCUCGUUACCAAGCCGUGUGUGAACGGCUUCAAGAAAUCUCCGCCGAGAAGCAAGAGUCCAUGCGCUCGAUUCGUGCCACUCUUGCCAAGACGAUGAAGCUGGUUCAGGAAAUACAGCAUCACGCAGGCAUGGAGACUUCACCUCUUUCUGAAGAAGAACAGCUUGCAAUGCAACACUUAAUGCUCCACACGCCUGAAGUUACAGAAGCCCUGGCAAAACAGGAGUGUCCAAACACGAAUGCCACUGACGCCAAUUGACGUUGAAAAAUGAGGCCAUACCUUAAGUGACCUAUUUGUUUUUGUCAAAUAGUUUUUGUUGAUCAUUCUGGAUUUGUACAGAGGUCCUAAAAUGUUUGUAAGUAAGUUUAAGUGUUGAUGAAGCGUAUCCUAAUGUGCUAUGGUGUUCAUAUUGUGAAUAAAUAUAUUGAGAUUUAAACAACUUGAAGAUGCUUCCAACCAGCCAACACUGUUAAUGUUUCAUCCAAGUUGAGAACACUAAUGUGUUGAAGGCUUUCAUGGCUGGAAUCACAGGGUUGCUGUGUAUCUUUUGGGCUAUAUGGCCAUGUUCCAGAAAUAUUAAUAAAUAUUAUUGAUAAAUAUUAUUUAUAUUAAUAAUAGUAAUGUUUAGUAAUAUUGUUUAGUAAUGUUUAGUAAUAAAGCUUAUUACUAAUGUUUAGUAAUAAAGCUUAUUACUAAUGUUUAGUAAUAAAGUUUAUUAUUAAUGUUUAGUAAUAAAGUUUAUUACUGAUGUUUAGUAAUACAGUAGAGUCUCACUUAUCCAACAUAAACGGGCCGGCAGAACGUUGGAUAAGCAAAUAUGUUGGAUAAUAAGGGGAGAUGAAGGAGAAGCCUAUUCAACAUCAAAUUAGGUUAUGAAUUUACAAAUUAAGCACCAAAACAUCAUGUUAUACAACAAAUUUGACAGAAAAAGUAGUUAAAUAUGCAGUAAUGCUACAUAGUAACUACUGUAUUUAUGAAUUUAGCACCAAAAAAUCACGAUAUAUUGAAAACAUUGACUAAAAAAUGUGUUGGAUAAUCCAGAACGUUGGAUAAGUGAAUGCUGGAUAAGUGAGACUCUACUGUAGUUUAUUACUGAUGUUUAGUAGUAAAGUUUAUUACAGAUUUUAGUAGUAAAGAUUAUUACGGAUAUUUAGUAGUAAAGAUUGUUACGGAUAUUUGUUAAUAAAUGUUUAUUAAUAAAUAUUAUUAUUUAUUUAUUUUACUUCUGGAACAUGGCCAUACAGCCUGAAAAACACACAACAACCCUGAGAACACUAAUGUUUCAUCCAAGAUGAGAACACAUGUAUUUAUAGCCUUUUAUUAUUUGCACACCAUUCAGUACAGCUUUCAUAAAUUAAAAUUGGCUGUAAAUAGUCCAGUAUUCUAAAAAUAUUUUUGAAAUGCAGUGAUUAAAUAGAGAUGUUAAAUGGGGUUACUAGUUGUAAGUGUCCUUAUGAUAUGGAAUAACCCCUGACGAUGUUUUUCUUUUCAUUUUGAUCUUGUGAACUCUAGCUUUGCAGAAAUAUACAUUCCACACUUUUUACAAUUAUGAAGCAAUAAGAGCUUGUUUUCCUUCCAGAAAUGUGAACGGAUGAUGUACAUUCAAUAUUGUGUUGUCGAAGGCUUUCAUGGCCGGGAUCACAGGGUUGUUGUGUGUUUUCCGGGCUGUAUGGCCAUGUUCCAGAAGCAUUCUCUCCUGACGUUUCGCCCACAUCUAUGGCAGGCAUCCUCAGAGGUUGUAUAUAUGAACCCACUUGCCUAGUUUCCAACAGACCUCACAACCUCUGAGGAUGCCUGCCAUAGAUGUGGAUGAAACGUCAGGAGUGAAUGCUUCUGGAACAUGGCCAUACAGCCCGGAAAACACACAACAACUCUAUAUUCAAUAUUAUUCAUGACCAUCUUUUGUCAAUAGGCUCUUAAAGAGUUCCAUUUUGUCAGUUUGUGCCUAAAGAGAGAAUUCUAUAAUACUAUUUAUAAAUAAACAAACAUGAAAUAUG